AUUUGGAGGUUAACCACGAUCAAGAAUUAAUGGAAACUUCUGACCCAAGUCCUCCAAAGGACCCCAACACAGAACCCUUCAGCGACCCCGAAGACACGGAAGAACCCGAAGCCUUAACUUCCGAAGACCAGCAACUCACCGUAAAAUACUUCCGGAACAGUUUCACCAGCCCAAAUGCCUUCGGCGCGCUUCGCAAGUUCGUAGCUUUGGGUUCAACUUCCCCCGCUCAAAUCCUCGCCGACUACCUAGACUCCGGCGGAAAUGUUAUGGAGAUCCUGCGACUGCUGGACGGACUGGACAAGAAGCGGCUGAACGACGUUGCGCUGGUCUUCAACGCCUCAGCACUGGUCAUCAUGCGCACGAUAGCAACCCACCCGCAACAGCAGCCUUCAACAAUUCAAGCCUGCCGGUUCAUACUAAACACCCACAUCUCCCUAUUACGCUCACUAAUGUCCAAGUCAGUUUUCCCGCGACAACGCAAAUCCGCCCUGAAGCUUUUGACAUCAAUGGUGAUGCUAGGGGACUCUCUCCCGCGCAACAUUCUGACCCACCUGACCUUCGACCGGGAAACAAUCAGCUUACUAGCCAAGCAAACGAAGCCCUCAGACCCCGAAAGCGUCCGCGUCUGCUUCAUAAACUUCCUCCUGGCGUUCCUAAUAGACACCGAACCCUGGACGGUCCGCUGUUUAGUCGACAAAUCCGAGCUACUGGCCUCAAUCUUCCCGGAACUGACCUAUGACCGCGCGAACCUGGUCCACUUGGUCCUAAACGUCCUUAAGAAGUACCUCCUGGAGAACCCGGCGGUGUCCAAGACCCAAAAGCACCACCUCUUCAGCGUCCAGGUGAUAGAAUCAAUUGUUCAACUCUACAACUACCGCGGCCCUAGAUCCUGGUCUGAUUCCCGCCGAAAGAACCAAGGCCCCACUGACCCUUUAGUUAAUGACAAAGAGACAGUAGUCUCAGCCACUCACGAGUUUUUGCUCACCCUUCUAACCUCCGCGAAGCACGGGAUCAUUUUUAGAGACCAGAACCUUGGAACGCGCAAGGAUCACAAUUCCCGUGUCGCGAGGGUCAUCCAGAACCUGGACAAGCCUUGGAACCACCCAAGACCUCGUGAAUUAGUCACCCGGAUUCUAGGUUCCUGCCCCGACCUGGUCAAACUGGUCCUAGGAACCAGCGAGCCCUUCUUCGAACCUAGACCUAAUAAAAACUGGAUCAACCUUGUGUCUUUCUACCGUGACAUCUUGGAGUUUAGUUUAGAUUCCAUCCGGAACACUUUAGUAACUUUGAGCGUCCAGCAGUGCGUAAGCGUAACUCUGACUCUUGCUGCGCCUGCCAGUGUCUUGAGAGCCAUCGGGCCUUCGGUUGGUUCAGAACACCUGGUGGUUAGGUUCCAAGGGCUCCUGACCCUAGGAGCGAUGUUAAGUAAGGUCAGGAGGUUCUUUGCGGUGAUCGAUGAUCAUUUUUCUGAGCAGGAUGCCGAAAGUUACCGGGUGUCUAUCCAAAACUACCUUGCCAAGCAUCUUCCUAAGGUAGCGGAGGUCCUUAGGGCCUGGAACGAGCUUAGGAACUCUCUUGGGGAGUCACUUGAUCAAGAGUUCCUUCCUCAAGAACCUACUGAGUACUUAGACGCGGUUUUAAGCUUGUUGGAAAACUAUCGGGAGUGUAAUCAGGAACCUGGGGGCCGCUUAGACUUUGAUUUUGAUGCAGAGAACCCUAACCUUGGAACCAAGGUCAGGGUCAUUGAAGUUAACUACUGGCUAGAUCCGAAAGCUUAUGAGGUAAAGGAGAAACUGUUUAGCAGCUCUUUGACGUUCUUGGUUGAGUCUUUAGAAGGUUCGGAAAAUUUAGUUGGAACCUUGAAGACAGUCCUAGGGCCCUUGAAGCCGUUCCAAGAGUGUCCAGAGCACUUGGACAUCUGGAUCCAGGCGCUGAGAUGGAUCUCUAAGGACAAAAGAGCUGGGUUGGCUAAAUGGGUGGUGAAUCUUUUGCGCAAGAUGUCCAAGUGUCCGGAGAAGUUUGCGAAUGUCCUGAAGGAUGUGGAAAAGGCUUUGAAACGCGAGAAGGAAUUGCAGCUUGUCCCGAUGGUUUUUGUAGCGGCUGUAAGCUCCUUAAAGGAAAGCUUUGAUGAAACUGUCAAUGUUUUCUUGGGCUACGUGACGAUUCUGACCCUGCAUUCAUUAAGGGAUCCAAGGAUAUUAGCGAAGUUGGUAGAGAAUACUGAUUUGAUGACGAAGUACCUUAAAGGGUGGUUAGAUGGCGAGGUUAGGAAGCUUAAGGACUUUCCGUGUGAGUUAAUGAGCAGUGUUAGCAAGUAUCUGCUGUCCAAGAAGGAUAUUAGCUUGGAAACGUUAGAGAGCUUGGAAGUUUGCACGGAAAUUCAAAAGGAGAAUUUGUUUUAUAUGAUUUUGUUCUAUUUUACGAAUUUGGUGAAGGCGAAUCAGGAAACUGGAGCUAGGAAGUGCAAGGUGGCGCUAUUGUGGAUCUUAAAGUUGAUGAAGAGCUCUGAGGAUGUUCCUGAGGGUAACACUAAGGUUCAAAAGAGGUUUAGAAUGUUUGCUAAGCUUUUUGCGGAGCAUCCAGUAGUUUUAAAGAACUUUUCGUUCAUUGUUACGGAAAACUUUGCUGAGACUUUUAUCAGCAAGGAAUGCUUUGAUAUCUUCAAGCUGAUUCCAGACCUUGAUUUUUAUAAAGAUAAAGUAUUAAGUGACUUAUCUAAAGCAAUUGACGAAAAAUUUACUGAUAAAAUCAUUGAUAAGAUAGAGUACUUUGAUAUCUUUGAGAUUUCUGGGAAAGAAAUUAGCGAGUUGCUUUCUGGAAUCUUAGAAUUGAAGAGCAGCAAAUUUUACCAAAAUGAACUGACGACUCUAGGGAGAUUAGUGAGCAAGCUGCUGGAGAUUCUGGCGAUUAAAACGCUAGAUUUUGAGUACACUGACCUUGUAAUGAAAUUCUGGAGGCAUCUUGGCAAGCUCAAGGCUAAGAAAAUCGAUACCAGCGCUUGGGAAUCAGCGAUCUUGAUGUUCCUGGAUGGGGACGAGGUGGUCAUUGAUAAACAACAGUUCAAAAUGAUUCUAACUGACCUUAGAGUCUCUACGAUUGCUUUAAUGAAUCUUCUGGUGAAGCAGAACCCCGCUUUGGUGGCACCACUGUCCCAAUUCUUGCUAACCCAGCACAAAAAUCCUGAAAUCUUGUUCCCGCUGAUGCAACCUAACCUAGAAAAGCUAAAACCUCAGUUAUUAACGACUAUUUUUGAAAACUACGCACCUGAAAUCUUAGAGUACUUCGACGAAGUUACAAACCCUUGGAUUGAACAGUUCCCCUUAGCGGCCCAGUUUCUGAUCAGCAAGAAGUUCACUAAGGAACAGUGUCAGCAGGUUGCAGACAAGUUAUUAGAGAGUAGGGAGAAGCUGGAGAGGAUUAACAGCAGUUACUUGGCGCUGGUGAGCGUAGUUUGGGAAAAGCGCGCGGAAUUUGAGUCCCCGAUUGAGACAGUAGAGGAAUACUUGCAGAUUUUGCUACCAAUUGCGGUCAGCGCUUUGAAGAAAGCCAAGAAAGAUGGCGAGAGGUUGGAUGCUGUCACUAGCUGCAUGGUCAAAGCUUUGGACAAGUUGGAGAAGUUGAAGCCUGAGGGUUACUUGUUUGAGAAGGUCGUUAGGAACAAUGCUUUUAAGCAGCUGGUUAAUUAUUCUCUAAAGCAUGGGCUUAAAGUUGAUGUUCCUUCAAGUUCCUUGUCUAAAGAUAAAGUGAUGCCUUCGUUGGAUUCUUUGGAAGCUCUGCUAAAGCUAGAUGAGGUGAAGGAGACUCCAGUGGAGUCGUUCUCGAUAUUAGAUGUGUUGAGCAAGCUUUUAAAUGUAGCGUAUUCCAACAGCACCAGUGACAAUUACGCGGAACAAAUUUACGAUAUGAUGCGCACGAAUUCCAACUUUGAAGAAGUGAUUUUAAGCAAAUCGACGACCAAAGUUUCCCUCCUGCGACUGUUUUUAACGAUGACUCGCAAGGUCCCGGGUAAAAUCGAAUCAGAAGAUUUGAAAUUGUUAAUGAGAGCUUAUGAAGCAACCCUGAACCCCGGGGACCAGUUGAUCUUGAUGAUUCUGCAGUUCUAUGAAUCCCGCGGGUUGUACCUAGAAACUGGGCUUCUUUGGGGCCGGGGGGCGACCAACCACACGGGUGGUGACGUAGACACUAACCUUUGGCGCCAAAUAACCGCAAGCCAGACUUUAGAGCUUUUAGAUCCGGAAAUAGUCGCGCGAACUGUAAAAUUCUACCCAAUAGAUCGCGGAUUAAGAUCUACUGAAGUUUUAGAGUUUGAGAGCGAAAUAUACGACCCGGCGUUCUAUUUACCAUUGAUGGUGACCUUGUCAACAGCAGACAAGCUCCUGCCGACUAAUAAGUUGGUUAAAAGCGGAGCUAUGGCUCUGGUGCUGAGUUCCUGCGCUAGCAACCACUCGGACGUUAGAUUAGCAGCCUUCACCGCGCUGAGCCAGUUCUACUACCACUUUGACGCGGCUAAGAACAAGGACAAGAUGAUCUGGCUUCGAUGUAUUGAUGCGUUGCGCAACGGAGUCGCGCAAUUAAUUGGACCGGAGGCUAAGUUAGAGACCUUAAGGCUCAGCAGUCUUAUUACUACUUUCCUUGCGCGUACCUCCCUUAUUUCUGCUAAAGAUGGCAAUGUUAUGUUCGCGCCAAUUCAGGGGUACUUCAUGGCCAAGCAGGCGUUGGAUCUUAAAGUUGUCCCCGAGUUCCUAACCCUGUUCCACAGUUCUGAUGUCAACCACAAGAGCUACCGGCAUUGGAUGCUGGAGUGCGUUAGGGAUGGAAUUAAAAGCUACUAUGAUGUUAAGCUGGCGCUCAAGAUGAGUAUCUUCAAGAUGAUCAUGGAUUUCUACGGAUCUGUGCUAGCUGAUCAGGAUACCAAGGCUCUUAUCCUCCAGAUCAUCGAAGCGACAGUGAAGAUUCCCCGAUCCAGCAUCAUCCUGAUCAAGGAGUACAGUCUCUUCAACUGGCUGCAUGAAUUAGCACCCAAGAUUGAUCAGCGUAACCGCCAAGUUGUUGGCACUCUUAUAAAUAUUCUCAAGCACUUAUCUAAAUCUAGGUUAGGAACCACUGACAAAGCUCUUAAAGACCACGCAGAGUUUAUGAUCCAGAUGAUUAUAAAAGCUAGCAAUUAAACUUGUAAAUUUAUACUUUAUUGAAUACAAUGUAAAAUAAAGAUAUUUA